AUACCAAAAAAACAAGAACCUUGCCUUUUUCUUUCUCUUUUUCCUUGUCUGAACCGCAGUUUUUUGGAAACAAUGAACUAAUCCCUCCCUUGUCCCACUUGGUAAUCUUUUUCUCCUUUUUUAAUUCCAACAUUCUUUAUUUAUUUAAAUCCCCUUAUCGCUCUCUUUCGAAGCAACACUCGUAGAUUCUUUUUUCUGUUCUCCUCAAAAACCUUUUUCUUUGUAUAAAAAUCAGUUCUUUCGCCACCCCCUCAUCACCAAAUCAAAGCUUUUUGCUUUCAGAUUUCAAUUUCACGGCAAACCCAUUAUUUAUUUUCGAUUUUACGACGACCCAUCUAAGAAUCUUGGAAAAUUGUGACUCAUGGCUGUUGAAAAAGCUGCUUCGGAUCCGAACUCGAUUAAGAUCCGAGAAGUUUGGUCCGAUAAUUUGGAUUCUGAAUUUGAACUUAUACGAAAAGCUAUUGAUCAGUACCCUUUCAUCUCAAUGGAUACUGAAUUCCCGGGCGUUAUUUUCAAGCCGGAGGUUGGUUCUUUCCAGCAAAAUCGCCGGCGACACGGGCAACAUUAUAAGUUGUUGAAGUCAAACGUAGACGCUUUGAACCUUAUUCAGCUAGGACUCACGUUGUCGGACGCCGACGGGAAUUUGCCGGAUUUGGGUUCUGGCGGGGUGCACCGGUACAUAUGGCAGUUCAAUUUUUCCGACUUCGACGUGGCGCGUGAUCGUCACGCGCCGGACUCCAUCGAGCUUUUGCGUCGCUACGGGAUUGACUUCGAGAAGAACAAGGAAUUCGGUGUUGACUCGGCUCGUUUUGCUGAGUUAAUGAUGUCUUCUGGGUUGGUUUGUAAUGACUCAGUGAAUUGGGUCACGUUUCACAGCGCGUACGAUUUCGCUUACCUGGUGAAAGUCCUCACGCGCCGGGAACUUCCUGGGGAGUUACAGGACUUUUUGGGAAUUCUCAGGGUGUUUUUUGGAAAUAAUGUUUAUGAUGUAAAGUACUUGAUGAGGUUUUGCGAACUUUAUGGUGGGUUGGACCGGGUUGCGAAGGCUCUAGAGGUGAACCGGGCGGUUGGGAAGUGCCACCAAGCCGGUUCAGAUAGCCUGCUGACGUGGCAUGCAUUCCAAAAAAUUAGGGACGUGUACUUUGUAAAAGACGGACCGGGAAAAUAUGCCGGCGUUUUGUAUGGAUUAGAAGUGUAUUAGGAAUUAGUACUAAUUUUUUAAUUUGUUAGUAGUAAAUAAUAUCUUUAUUAAAUAAAUAUUUUUUGUGGUAAAUUGUGGUCUCUAAUUUCGCUAAUUUUAAAGUUUAACAAGGCAUACAUAUUUGGCUUU